UUGGCUCAAGCCACUGUAACGCUCGGAUUUGCCCGAGCUUGAUGGGGCGCGGAGAGCCUCUUGAGAGGCCCAGACCGUCCAGCCGCCAUGGGGUGCGGAGCUUCCGCGAAGCCUGCCCCUAAGUAUGCUGGCGAUGAGGCGCAACACACAAAGGGUGAGGAGGGGCAACAAACGACGGCCACUGUGGUUUCGCAGGACGCCAGUAAGACCCCCAUGGCCAAAGGUGCUUCGUCCGCGAGCAUGAGCAGCACGGAACCUAAAAAGGCCAGCGCGUCCAAGCAAGGGAGCAAAAUCCUGGACAAGGAGGAGGGCUUCGCUAUGAAACGGUCGUCUUCUUUCAAGACAAGCCUGGAGCUGUGGCUCAUCGACGGCAUCCCCGAGCUCUACCGCGUCAGUGACACGGACAAGCUCCGCCCCGAGCUGCGGGAAGAAGGCCAGGAGUUGAUGGUGGGUCGGUGCCUGGAGGGGGGCAGGUUGAGGGAGGACGCGGCGCAGCUGCUGACGCAGUGGCUCCACGACGCCCCAGACCCCAAGGCGCUGGAAGCCUUCGUGGCAAAGGCCGUGGAGGCGCUGAGGAAGGUCCACGGCGGGCCAGAGGACGACCCGAAGGAGAAGAAGGUCUGCUUCUCCGAAUCGGUCGGCUCCAAUGCGGGCGAAGCCCCCAAGAUUGACCGGGUGAGCACGGGGGCCGUGAAGGUAAAGUUCAAGCUGCCAGAGGACGACGAGGCCGAGGGCGGCGAGCGGCCAGUGAAGCGUAAAGGCACUGGGUUUGUGACGCCGCAGCAGCUGCGGUCGAUGAUGAUGCAGGACUACGACGAGGACGAGGACGAAGAGUCCGACGAGGAGGAUCAGGACGACGAGGCCUUCGAAGAAGAGUCGAAGAGAUACGCGGAGAAGCAGACAGGCAGGGGCACUGCGUUCGUCAGGAAGGCCGUGUGCGCCGAGGUGCACGAGGCGGACGAGGACUGGGAACCGCCGAAACACAAUAAGACCUCGGAGCAGCAGGCGCGGCUCACCGCGGCCGUCGGCUCGUGCUUCAUGUUUGCCGCACUGGGGACCGAGCAGCUCGAGAGGGUGAUCGACGCGUUCGAGGAGGUGCGCCUGGAGGAGGGCUCCACGGUGAUCCGCGAGGGCGACCAGGUGGGCGACAACGAGAGGGGCCUGUUCGUGCUGGAGGACGGGGAGCUCCACGUGCACAAGGGGGAGCAGGGACACGUCUUCACCUACUGUCAGCAAGGCGACCUGUUCGGAGACCUGGCGCUCCUGUACAACGCCCCGCGGGCGGCCACUGUAAUCGCGACGAAGCCCUCUGUGGUGUGGUGCAUCGACCGUGCCACCUUCAACAACCUCGUGAAGAACCAGCUGAGGCAGGUCAAGGAGAAGCGGCUCGAGUUUCUGAAGUCUGUCGAGGUCCUGAAAAACCUGGACCCUGACCAGCUAGCAAAGCUCGUGGACGUGAUUCGGGAGCGGCGAUUCGGCGAAGGCGUGACCGUCAUCCAGGAGGGCGAAGAUGGUAACGAGUUCUUCAUCCUCGAAAAGGGCGCUUGCAGUGCGAGCAAGAGCGGGGACUUCGUCUUCGAGUACUUGCCUGGGACAUACUUCGGAGAACUCGCCCUCCUGGAGGACCAGAAGCGGGCCGCUCAGAUUUUCACGACGAUGCCCAGCGUGUUGCUGAGCCUCGACAGGGCGGCCUUUGACCGCAUCCUCGGACCGCUGAAGGCGCUCCUCAAGGAGAAGGCGGACGCCGCCUACGUCCAGCAGCCGCCCGGCCCGCCUUAGGGCGGACGUCCACCGCAUCGGAGCCCCUUGUUGUCGAUAGCUAUCCCCUCUGCAAGUAUCCAUGGCGGCAGAAAGCUGCAGCCGCCAGCGUGGUGAGCCGUUUGGCUUAUGGACGGGCCCGCGGAUCUCGAGGGCCUUGUUCUGCCUCUGUUUUAGCAUCCGUUCUCCAUCUAAGAGCCGAUGGAAACGGCACGAAGCAUGCCUCCUGAUCCAUGUGAGGGGCACAGCUGCAUCACAACGGCGUACCUGGGUUCGAUGAGCUGCUCGCCCGCCGUUGGUUUUAGGUGACGCAUCUGAGCACGCAUUUGGAAUGACAAGUUGUCGUUGCAGGCACCCAUCUUCCCCGCGCGUUCGGACAUCUCUGGCCGACGCGCGGCUCUCCUAUAUUCUCCGGUCCUCUGCCUUCU